AUGACUUCUGUACGGGCUGAACAAUUGUACAAUUUAAUGAAGCGUCUAUAUGAUUUGGCGUUAACUGCUGAAAAUCGCUCCAGUAUUAUUGCUUCGCCAGAAGAAUUGGAGCGUAUUUUCCAGUUAGAUGGGGAUACAAGAAAAUUGAGUGAAAAUUUAGAACGUGCUAUUGCCUUACAAAAACAGUUAUCCAGUUACCAAAAUUUCCCCAGUUGUGAAUCUAAUUCCUCAUCACAUGAAGAGGUUAUUCUACAACCUGGAGAAAUCAUCAACGUUAAAGCCAAUGACCACAAAGAUAAUGGUUCAAAUAAACUAUCAUCAUCCUUCACAAGAAGAGGAGGAUUACAAACUAAUAAAAAGAAUUCGAUCCAUUCACAAUUGUUUACUUCUCAAGACUCAUCGUCGAAUCAAGAUAGUGGUCUAUCGACACCGCCUGAAAGUUCUGAUGGUACAAAACAGGAGCAUGAUGAAUCGAAUCAUCAAAAUAAUCUUCAUUUAUCAUCACAUCAUCAUCGUCAUCGACUUCUGCCACCUCAGAAAACAUCUAGUAAUGUUAGUAAUAAUAAUAAUAAUAAUAAUAAUAAUAAUAAAAAUUCACAAACAGAAAAUUCCUUCGGUGCACAAAAGCAUAGUCAUUCUGAUAGUGGUUUUGACGUAUGCUCUCAAACAGUUCAAUUGCAAAAACAGUCUGUCUAUGGUGAACAUAAAAAGUCAUCGAUUAACAUAUGUCCAGUUGAGAUAAAACAUGAGGAUAAAAAAGAUAUUUCGAAGAGAAGUCCUAAUUGCUAUUCUCCAACGCAUUCUUAUAGUCCUUCAACCAAGCAGAGAAUCGAUGCUCUAGAGGAUGGUGUACGUUUAUUGAAGGAAAAUCUUGAAAAUUUCUGUUUAAAAACUGGAAAUUCUCCACCAAUCACAGAACUAGAGAACCUAAAAUCUGUCUGUCAACAGAACAUUCAUCAGUUUGCUUCAUCCAGUUCUAACUCGCACAAUUCCCUUCCAUUCUCAGGCGUAAACCGUUCAGAUGUAAUUGCUUUCCCUUAUUUCUCAGCUAGUAGCCCUUUCAUGAAUAGUAACAAUGGUAGCGGUAACCACCCUUUUUUACCAGCUGGACAGCCGAAUUUUACAUAUCCUUAUAAUGAUACAGUUGAUAUACCAAUGUCAAAAACUGAAGUAUCUAAUGAAUCAAAGUAUAAUCCCCGUUCACGACAAGAAAUAUGUGAGGAUGUUGUUCAACAUAAUUCAGAUUUCAAGAAUACAGCUCCUCGACCCUGUCGAACAUACCAUCGAACACUAGACCGAAGGUUGAUAUAUACGCAACAAAAUGAUUCUAGUUAUUCAUCCUCUUCCCCUAAAACUCAAAACGUUGGAAAACAAUGCAUGAAAUCCAAACAAAAUCGAUAUGUAGCCCGUGAUUUGUCCAAUACUACCCGUAAAAUUUCUCAUAAUUCUGGUAACAUAAGAGAUUUCAGUUGUUCCAGAGAAGCUAAUCGCCAUUCACAGCCCAAUAAGAGUGAAACUCAUUAUUCAAGUAAUAGUAUGCGUGGUCGUUCAGCUAAAUAUUAUUCUACUUACCAACUUAAUAAGCAACGAGAUAGUAGCACAUCAUCGAUCAGUAGUGAAUGCUCUACGGAAGAUUCACCUACUCUUGGUUCACAUACUUCAUCAAGUGAAAAUUCUAGCUUUAUCGACGAUUAUUCCAAAUUACCUCAUUCUUCAAGAUGUAAAUUGAAGGGUGGAUCUUCAAUUCCUAAAUCUCGUCUUCAUGUUGACCAUUUACGGAAUCCUGUCACAAAGUCAAUCUUGCGGGAUGAUAAGCUCAAAUCACAUGAGAAAACUCAUAGGUCAUCAAGUCUUUGUAAACCUGAAUCGUAUCGUGCUCCACUAAGGUCUGUAACAAAUACUCACUGUAAUUACGGCUCUUUGAAUCAUUUGAAUUGUCUUCCUUUAAAUAAAACUGGGAUCUCAGGCGACACUCCCUACCUGAAACCUGUACAUAAACUUAUGAAUAGUUUUGGUGGUUCAGUACCUGUUGUGGCUGAUCCAGAGGCAUCAUUCGAAUCUGUUUAUCUUCAUCAACCUGUACAACAACAAUCAUCACGCGUGUACACAGCUUUUGAAAAUAUCCAGAGAAAACCUCAAGUUUCACUUAAACCAUCCGUUUAUUUCUAUCCAUCAACAGAAAGAAUUCUUUACUCUCAACCUAUUCAAACAUCAUCUGAACAAUAUGCUUAUCAUAAUCAUGAUGGUGUUUUAUUUUCCGCAAGAAUUCCUAACAAUGUGAACAAUACAACUACUGUUUGUCCAAAAACAAUGACAUGUGGUGCUUGUGGAGGAAGUGGUCAAGUUUUGGAAAGUUGUAAUAUUGGAAAUUUUGUGAAUACCCGAUUCAUUGAACCUCCACUCAUUCGUCCAACCAUCGGUUUGAAUCCAUUAUAUCGGAAGACUUUAUCCUCAGCCAGAACAAAAGAAUCCCGAGCACGACCUUUAAGAGCUACACACCCUUGUGAUAUAUCUUUUGUACAAUGCCCAUCGAAUUUAUUUGAAAAUGAAAAUAUAGGUCGGAAUUUCACUCCAAAUUUUUCAGUUAAUCCAUCUACCCAUUAUCAUCCUUCAUCUGAUCGAACUGAACAUCCUAAUCGAUUUGGAUCCCUUUCUCGUGUUAAUAAACGAUGUCAACUGAAACACUUGAAUUCUUCAAAUCAUGCAUAUAUCCCAUCAGUUCAUUCAUCAAAGCGUUCUCAACACUUAACUGAUAAUAUUAAUUACAACAGCAAGAAUAAUGUUCAUCAUAUUGCUAAUACUUAUUCUUCAGAAGACAGUGGUUCAGGCACAACAUCUGAUGAAAAACUUCGUAGUCGUAAACAGAUGAUUCGAACCAAUGAACAUCAUCAUCAUCAUCAUCAUCAUCCUAAUUCGGAAGAAAAUUCUUCUUGGCAAUCUACACCAGCAUCUAAUCCUCAUUUAUCAUCAUUAUCAGCUUUACAAGAAAUUUUGAAAACAGCUUCAUCAACUAGUCGGUUAGCUCAAAAACUUCGAUGUAGUCUAGAAGAUUUAUGCAAACCAAAUUGA